AUGAAAAAGUUUUCUAACACUAUAGUUUGCCGCUCAAGCCCAAUUCUAGAAAAUGACUUUCAUAAAGACCCCAUUCAUAUUCAGUCCUGUAUUGAGUCUCCCACUGUCAAAGAUAGAAGAAACCUGUCCCCAAUCUUAAAGUCCAUCAAGGACAAAAUCUACAAUGAGACUUUACUGUUACAAUCAGAGAUUAGGACGAGUUCAACAUCAAUACUAGACAUUCCUUCGAUUUAUAUUAGAAAACUAAAACUUGAGUGUAAUUGUUGCCAGAAAAUGAAGUUCAAAGGAUUCUUGAAGAAAUGCUUUACUUGCUGCGAGAAAGUAUGCAUCAAGUGCAUUAAGUAGGGUGACUGCAGCAGAUGUAGAGCACUAGAUUAAAACAGCUAAAUAUUUGAGUUGCUUGUUAAAAACGAAGUUUAAAAUAUUAAAACGAAAGAUUAACUGAUAAAAUCCAAACAGGAAAGAAAUCAACUGAUAGAGAGAAUAUCUCUAUAGAUGCUAUAGAAUGAUCAGGUCGACAGAGAAAUACACUGUUUGGAGUAGCAAAUAUUGCGCAAUAAGAUAGACAGAGACAUGGUUAAGGAUGAAAUAAUGUCCUUGACUUUUGAAAUUGAAGAGUAGCUUUAGCUAUUUAAAAAUAAUAGGCGAAAACCCUUAGCUCAUCCAGUGAUAAAGCAAAUAUUCCACAAGUAUGAAGAACAGAGAAGACUUAGGGAAGAGGAGUAAUAUCUAUACCAAAUGCGCUGCAAAAAAAUAAUCGAUUACCUUUUCAAGCUUGUACUUAUCGGCGAUACUUGUGUUGGUAAAUCCUCCCUCUUGGAUGACUGCUUUUCAGAGAAUUAUAUUACUACCAUUGGAGUUGAUUUCGUAAGAAUAGUUUAGCGUCUAAAAUUAUAUUAGAGAUUCAGAACACUUUAGAUCAAUAAGAGCACAAUUAAACUGCAAAUCUGGGACACUGCUGGACAAGAGAGAUAUAGAACAAUUACCAAUGCUUAUUACAAGGGUGCAGAUGGAAUUAUUAUUGUCUUUGAUAUUUGCAACAAAGAAUCUUUCUUAAACGUUGCCUCAUGGAUGAAGGAAGUUGAAAAGCACUCAGGAGAAGAUGUGACAGUAAUGGUUCUAGCAAACAAAGCUGAUUGUCCUCAGGAAGACAUUGAGGUGUUUGACAUUGACAUCAAGAAAUUCGAGGAGGAGAACAAGCUAAAGGUAAUGAAAGUCUCAGCCAAGACUGGUCUUAACGUAGAUGAGUCCUUCCUUGAGAUGACCAAGAGACUCAUAGUCAAGAAGAACAAUAGCUCUUAGGAAGAUAAGAAGAAGACUCUAGGCUUAAAGAAACUUAAGGAGGCCAUAGACGGAUCAGAACAAAAGAGUUCACCCAUGACUUGCUGCUCCAAUUGA